UGCAACCCAUUGACACUUCCGGUACAGAGAAACGUCACCAGCACAACAUACAUGAGAAACGCUGUGUUGAGCUUUUUAUGUCAUUUAUCCUCACCCCCGCUGAUGGGAAAAUGAAUAUGGCCUUAUCAUAUUUUUGAAUGUGUUAUUAAUAUUAUAUCUUGACACAUUGUCUGUCUGAAAUAGCUCUCUGGAGACCGUUUUUGUGUUUAACCUUGGCGGCUAUUCCCAUGCUUGCUAAGGCUGGUUUAACUUUCAUUAUAACCAACAUAAGUGCACCUUAGUGAGGAAGAUGUCACUCUUGUGCCGCUGUCUAGCUUUACCGGUCAAGAUCUUGACACAAGGCCCUGUAUAUCAAACCCCUUUACUUACAUCGAUUCGGACUAGAUUUACCAAAUCACGGAUCCCUAGUGCGCUAUUUGAAGAGAGGUCCAAAGAACAUUUGAAAUAUGGGGGUGAUCCAACUCAACCCCAUAAACUUCACAUAGUGAUACGUGUGAAGAGUACAAAGAGACGUCCAUACUGGGAGAAGAAACUGAUUAAAGACCUUGGUCUUGAAAAGGGACAAAUCCCUGUUGUUCACAAAAACACACCUGCAGUCAAUAGCCUGUUGAAGUACGUCAAGCAUCUUGUGAGCAUACAGCCACUCAAGACACCGUAUGGACUCCCUGCUGAAGAAGACAUGGCAGACUCGUACAUCAACAGCAAAGGAGAGUUGAUUGUGCGACGCCUCCUCAAGCCAAUAGAGCCCAAGGCUAUUGAAUCUUAGCUGUGCUCAGUACACUCUCACAUUGAAGACGUGUUAUGUUUAUAUAUACACAUUAUGCCCAUGAGAAUCCACUCCCAAUCAAGGGGCAAUGUGUUUUCUUAAAGAAAAAUAAAAUGUUGAACCUG